GCAAGAUGGGAAAGCAGCAGGGAGGACGCGCGAGUGCAUAGGCUUUUAAAAGACGCAUGGGCUGAGCUUGGUGCCAUUGCGCACAACUUCUUGAACGGCGGACUGUCCCGAGUGGGAGCAGAGAUGGCGAUGCCGAGCAGUUCUUUCGUUCUUUUUACGCAGUUCUUGCUUUAUUUGAAGGUGACACAUUGCAUGGAGGUCGAUUUCUGCAGACCAGUUCGCCUGAGUCAGAAAAAGCCCGGAGUGUAUUUGCACCGGCGCGCCGAGCAGAUGAAUGAAGAUGAGAUCGUGUUUAGACUUCGUGCAUUCAGAGAGGAUUUUUACCUCCAUCUGUCUCCAGAUUCCAGUUUCAUUGCAGCUGGGAGUGUUUCAGCACCCGACACCUUUGCAGGCUCUGAAUUCAGGGAAUGCUUCUACUCCGGCUAUGUCAACGCAGACCCCGACUCCUUUGCCGCGCUGAGCCUGUGCAAAGGCCUGCAGGGGGGAUUCUUCUAUAACGGCGUGGAAUAUUUUAUUAGCCAGACCGAGACUGAAGACGCAGGGGCCGCUUCUGUGCGUGGAAGCUCCUUCGACAGGACGCAUAUCAUUCGCCGCCGCAGACGCCCAGCGCACUCAGCUGGAAACUUCACCAGCAGGUGUGAAGUUCCACCUGACACCAACUUCACCGUCUCCCUGGAGAGAUACAAGUACAUGAGAGAACUGGAGACGGACGGCUUGACCGAGACUGUGCUCAAUUCCUUGGGGAGGUCUAAGAGGUUCGCCGCCGUCCCCAGGUUUGUGGAGGUGCUGGUUGUGGCAGAUGAAUCUAUGGCUAAAUUUCACGGGGAUGGCCUAAAGCAUUACGUUCUGACCCUCAUGUCAGUAGCAGCCAGGCUUUACAAGCACCCCAGCAUCCUCAACUCCAUAAACAUAGUGGUGGUGGGCUUCAUGGUGAUAAACGACGAUGACAAGGGACCGAAGGUUUCCAGUAAUGCUGCUCUGACUCUGCGCAACUUCUGCUCCUGGCAGAAGAAGUUAAAUAAACACAGUGACAAGCACCCCGAGUACUGGGACACAGCCAUUCUGUUCACCAAACAGGAUCUUUGUGGAGCCACGACCUGCGAUACGCUGGGGAUGGCUGAUGUUGGGACCAUGUGCGACCCGAAGAGGAGCUGCUCCGUCAUCGAGGAUGACGGCUUACCCUCGGCUUUCACGACUGCUCAUGAACUUGGCCACGUUUUCAACAUGCCCCAUGACAAUGUGAAGGCAUGUGAGGAGGUAUUUGGGAAACUAAAGGACAACCACAUGAUGUCUCCCACGCUGAUUCAGAUAGACAGGAGCCGACCCUGGUCUGUGUGCAGUGCAGCCAUCGUUACCGAGUUCCUGGACAGAGGUCACGGAGACUGUCUGCUGGACCAGCCUCAGAAGCAGCUGACACUGCCCGACAACCUGCCCGGCUCCAGCUACAGCCUGCACCGUCAGUGUGAGCUUGCAUUUGGCCCCGGCUCCAAACCCUGCCCUUACAUGCAGCCCUGCUCCAAGCUGUGGUGCACGGGAAAGGCCCGAGGACAGCUGGUCUGCCAAACUCGACAUUUCCCCUGGGCCGAUGGCACAAGCUGUGGCAACGGCAAGGUUUGCUACCAGGGGGCUUGCUCUGUGAAGAACAGCACUGAGCACAUCAAGGUCGAUGGUCGGUGGGGGAAGUGGGGUUCAUUUGGUGACUGUUCCAGAAGUUGUGGAGGCGGAGUUCAGCUGGCAAGAAGACAGUGCAACAACCCUGUCCCUGAAAACGGAGGCAAAUACUGCUACGGCCUUCGUGUCAAGUACCGUUCCUGUAACCUCAGCCCUUGUCCUGACACAGAUAAAAGCUUCCGCGAGGAGCAAUGCGAGGCCUUCAACGGCCUAAACCUGAACACCAAUCGGCUGGGCUCGUCUGUGGUUUGGGUUCCCAAAUAUUCAGGCAUCUCUCCCAAGGACAAAUGCAAGCUCAUCUGCCGUGCCAACGGGACCGGAUACUUCUACGUCCUUGCUCCAAAGGUUGUGGAUGGGACACCCUGUUCCCCGGACACUACGUCUGUGUGCGUUCAGGGAAAAUGCAUCAAGGCAGGCUGUGACGGCAAGCUGGACUCUAACAGGAAGUUUGAUAAGUGUGGUGUAUGUGGUGGGGACAACCAAGGCUGCAAGAAGGUCUCAGGAUUGUUCACCAAGCCAGUCCAUGGCUACAACUUUGUGGUGAUGCUGCCCGUUGGGGCGUCCAACAUUGACAUCCGUCAACGGGGCUACCGAGGAAUGGUCAGCGAUGAAAACUACUUAGCCGUGAAGAACCGCCACGGGAAGUACCUCCUGAACGGCAACUACGUGGUGUCAGCUGUUGAGCGUGACCUGCUGGUGAAGGGCAGCCUGCUGCGCUACAGCGGUACCUCCACAUCUGUGGAGAUCCUUCAGGCCACCAGACCCCUGGUGGAGCCUCUGACUGUGGAGGUGCUCUCUGUGGGGAAGAUGACUCCUCCCAGAGUACGCUACUCCUUCUACAUCGCUAAGGAGAGCAAGGAGGAGAAGACUCUGUGGAAAGAAGAAAAAAGUCAUAAAUCAAAGAACAGCGUCUUGGCUGAUAACAACAAAAUUGAGUCUAAGAAGCAGGUGAUGGGGAAGAGACCCGUGAGUCACUGGGUGACAGGUGGAUGGGAUUCGUGCACAGUGACUUGUGGGAGUGGUCUGCAGAAGAGGCUGGUACAGUGCCAGAGUGUGGAUGGACGUCCUGCUGUGGACUGUGAUGGUGCUGACCGGCCCGUGUCAGUAAGAGCAUGCGGGGAUCCGUGUCCCGUGUGGGAUGUUGGGACUUGGUCUCACUGCUCCAAGUCAUGUGGGAGGGGCUUUAAAAGGCGGCUGGUGCGCUGUAUUACCGAGAACGGCCUGAAUCUGCCCAGAGAGCACUGCUCUGGGAAAAGGAAGCCUCAGGAGCUGGACCUGUGCAAUCUGAGGCAAUGCUAGAGCUGAGCAGGCGCAGCCUGGGGGGUUACCUUCAGCAGUCAAGUGAACCUUUAGCCCUAAUCAGCAUGAUAAUGAUUCAUUUGCUGUGUCAGGUGACUGUUACUGUGACUGAAGGGGCUACACCAGAGAGGGCCGUCUUCCAUGGUCUGAAGGACAGACAUUUAUUCCCUAAGAGAAAGGAAGGAGACCGCCCCCUCCCAAACUGUCAAACCUGCAGCGGGAGGUUUGACUCGUGGUUUGUCUACCUCUUCCAGGACCGAUGACCUGAUGCCUGCAUAUACAAAAGACCUUCUAAGACUUAGAGUUUGCAGCAGAGCUGCUGCAUCCUCAAAGACUCCGUUAUGCACAUAAAGACUUUUAAUCGCUGUCGGAAACGUUCAAAAGACUUGUAAACACAGCGCUCACAAACUUCUUGGUAUACCUACACAGAGUGAGAUCUCAAAGCAAGGAAAUGAAAGUUUGUGAGAUUCGAUCUCAAAAGCAUUACUGUGCUGUGAUGAUGUCUUGCCUGUGUACUGGACUUCUCUCAAUACUGAGGAACUGAUGAAAAUGUGAAACAUGGUACUGUAUAUGUCACAUUUAAGGCCUCCUUGAUCCAUGCAGUUUCUACAUGUUUGUUUUCCUUUUAGUUACUGGUGUGUGCGAUGGGCUGUUGUCUGAUAUGGACAAAUGAAACACAGAACCCAGCUUUAUAUGUCUCCAAAAAGAAACAGAUCCAGGUCAUUAGUGACUCUUUAGGGUUAGCGACGGGUUUAAAUAGCACAGAAACUCAGAAAGUGUUAGGGUGACAUGGUGGUGUGGUGGAUCCUGAUUGGUUCAAAUCCAGUCUGGUCCUAUCUGUGUGGAUUUCGGGUGUGUCUCCCGUGUCUGUGCGGUGGACACACAGAUUAACUGGCGAUUCUAAAUUGACCGUGCGCGUGUGUUUGUCUGUCUUUGUACGAGCCCUGUCACAGAGUGAAAUUUUGCGUUAAGUUUUCCUUUCACUCUGGAUGGCUCACAGGUGACCUGGUGGAUGAUGAGAGGUUAGCUAAACAUCAAAGAAUUCCUGAAUUAAUGACCAAAGUAUUAGUAAGUUUCGAGCUGAGCUGAAAUUAUAUUCUAUACAGUGAAUGUAGUCGGUCAGUAUGAUGCUGUUUCUAAUGUGUGUGUCUUUUGUGCAAAGAGCAACAACACAUGUUCAGCUGCUUCUUCUAUGUUGCCAAAGACCUGUAAGCUGGCACAAAGCCUUAGCACAGUGAAACAGCUCUCUGCAGAGUGGUUUUCAUAUCUGUCCUCAACCUGAAGCUGGCUUGGUACUGACAAACCCUGACCUCCAGGAGGCUUUAGAUCAGGUAAAAACUUGAAAUGGUGGAUUGAUAAAUUCAUGAACUACUGUUCACCCCACUCACCUUCAGAAAUAGAGUCAAAUUCUAUUUGUGUUCCUUUAGGUAACCCCUGCAUGAAUAUACAAACUAGGACUAAAUACCUGGACCUCCAGGUAACUUUGUGUAUCUUUUAAAGUACAUAUAUGUUCUUAUACAUGAAAGCAUACAUGGCUGCACGGCUUCUUCACGUAUGUAGACACAUUCAGUAAAACCUUCAAAUCUAAGAUUAAAAUGAUUAUUUUACAGGUUUCCUUAUUUCUUUAAGAUUUAACACAUUCAGAUUUCAGAAGGUGAUGGUCGGCCAAAGUUGACUUUUCUGUAGAUGCACUCAUGUCCUCCCAAUUAGUCAGUAUUAGCAUACACUAAAUGUACACCUAAUAAAAGGCUAUAGUUCUCCUGGUUAAGCAGACAACCCAUAUGAAAAUGUGCCUGUGUUUGUAUCGGCCGCAGACCAUUUUCUGCAGAUUAUUCCCGUCGCUUUGUGGCUGCAUCCCUCCAGUUACAUGGUUUAGGACUAGACACUCCAUAAAGCACAAACCACAAGGGACCACAAAAGAAACGAUCAGCUGUACCCACUGUACCUUUAAAUGUACAAUAAUGUACUUCACUUUCUAAGUGAAUUUAGCAUUUUGACUGGUUUACCAGACAAAACUAGUGACGUGAAACCACUGCCUUAUGUUUGCCUGCAUUUUACAGACCAAACAAUAGACGUUUGUAGUUUGCUUCCCUCCUCAGUAAAGCUUCUAAAGAUUAUGGAAAUUAAUCCGUUAUUGCAAAAAGAAAUCAUAACUGUCUUGCUAUGUUAUCACUACGUCUAAACCAGUUAUGACAGCAAUGUAAUUUUGACGUAAACUGGAGCCUAAGAAAUGCUUCAGUGACAGACUUUGUGGGAAGAACCAUUCAAGCUGCUGCUUCCAGUUGCUCUUCGAGGGAUCAGUGAAUUUGAACUCAACAGAAAGGUUCAGUGGUAAAAGCAGCAGAAAUCCCUCCAAGUCAAAAUAAGACCUGAAUGCACUGUGAGAAUCUCCCGAAAGCACUUUGUGUAUGAAAAACAAAACACUUGUGCAACUGCUUAACAACAUGGGGCCAAGAAUGUGGAAUAUAACACAAGCAUCUUUCGACAUGGUGUCCAGUUUAGUUUGCUGUGCAGACAGUCCAAGGUUUCACAUUUUAGGUCGCCUGCAGACACUGACAGAUGGGCCAUGCUGUACAUUUAUCUGUGGACAUGAUACAUUUGUCUUUAGUCCCCUGGGAAAAUUCCUGGGAUGAAAAUCUAGCAGGAUAGAUAUAUUUCUACUGACGAGCCACAUCCUCGACUGGACACAGAAUGAGUAAGCUCAGAGACGAUGGCAGGACAAUGGAGCACUAAAACUGAACGCAAAAAAUAAGUCAAUAAUAAUAUUUGUAAUAAAUUUAUAUAGAUAAAAUAUAAAUAAGACUCCCAACCAGAGAAUUUAAAAAGAACAGUGCAUUAAAAGUAAAAUGCCAGCAGCAGAAAUAGUCAAAGAAAACCUCAGUAGAUACAAACUGCAGCUUUUAAUUGUUGUUUAAAAGUUAUCCAAACUUAGCUGUGUGAGAAAUCACUCUCUUUAAAUCACGAAUUAACUCUGAUUAACCACAAUGUGUCAGGUUGGUAAAACCACAGCGUGAGCCAUUACCCAUGAUGGGAGAAACCCUGGACCAGUGAUCAACCUUCCCAGCAGUGGCCAGCUCACCAAAGUUAAGAGUGUGUCAGUGAGUCACACAGCAGGUCACAAAAGACCUCAGAACAACAUUAAAGAACUCAGUUAGCUCGGAGGUCAUGAUCCAACCAUAUGAAAGAGGCAAAGGAGAGUUCAAGGAGAAAACCUCUGCAGACCAAAAAGAACAUGUAGGAUGGUCUCACAUUGUCCACAAACAUCUCGAUGAGCCCCAAGUGUGGACUGGUGAGACAAAAACUUUUUGGAAAGUUCAAGUCUCAGUAUUUGGUGUCAAACUAACACAGCCUUUGAUAAAAGGAAAAGUCUUGGUGUUGGGAGUGUGUCUGGUCUGCUUUGCCAACACUGAUGGAAUCAGGAAAUCUGCUGAAAUCCUGAAGGCGACUGUCCGGCUGUCAGAUGGUCCCUCAAAGUCCACUUGAGCCAAAAUGACCUGAAACGCAGGACGUUAGUGUCUGGACCUGAAUCCAGCUGAGAUGCUGUGGCAUGACCUUAAACAGGAUGUAAAUUCUCCAGUGUAGCUGAAUUAAAACAAUUCGGAAAGAACUGACGAGUGGGCCAAAAUCCCUCCACAACAACGUCAAACACUCGUUGUUAGUUUGUGCAAACACUUGAUUGCAGCCAAGUGUGGCCCAACCAAUAUUUAGGUUUUUACUUUUUCACCAGAGGCCAGGCGGCUUUUGUCCCUGUUGUCUCGUAAUAAAUCAAAUCAUUAUUUAAACUGCAUUUUCUAUUUACGGUCAUCUUUGUCUGCUAUUAAAUGUGUUUAAUAAUAUAACACAACAUGUGACAAACAUGCAACAGGAAGGGAACGAUUUUUUUGUUGUUGUUUUUGCUCAUUUAUUAUAUCUGCCUACAUUCAUAACACAACAUUUUGGACCGUUUCCUCCAGUGUUACAUUUUAUUCUUUGUGGUUUACAAAAAGAAAAAUGUGUUUUCCUGAUGAAGCUUAUGGAAACAAACGGAUCACAUGUAUCACCAAGCAGCUCCUGUUGUUUUUCCUCCCUGGUGUAGCGUUAACAUGUGUUGUUGAACAGAGAGUUGAUCCACGGCGUGCUGGUAUGUCUGUACUCGCCAUUAUCCUCGCAAUAUUCACCAGACCACUAGCAAACCAUUUACGGGUGGUUAUGGUUUCCCUUUCACAUUAAUUCCUUACAUGCAUUUUGGCAGUUCUUCUAUUACAAAUUGAAACGUCUGCAUGUUAAACGUGUGAAAAUUCCAAUCAAAUACGUAGAUGCUAAGACGUUAACCCUCUGGCGUCUGAUUGGUGGUUAGUAAUGACCCCAGCUCCAACCCAAAUCCCAACCUGAGACAAUGAGGUUCAUUUUAUUACGCUGGUCUCACAGGUCUGUCCAAUCAGAUAAGGAGGAAAAUAAUAACCUUAACUGACUCACAUCAAAGACUGUUCACGUCUUUCUUCCAAAACUGGCUGUUUUGUCUUCAAAUUAAAUAUUUAAAGUAUAAGAUUAGUCUGAAGUGGGGUUCAGCUGUUGCUCUACUUUGAAUCAUAAAUUCAUGCAUGAUGAUCAAAUGUUGGGUUUAUUGGAAGUUUGCAUUGAUCGACUCUGUCCUUUAACAGAAACCUUUUUUGUGUUUGUUUAGAGGGACCAGUUACACCAUCUAAAAGGUGGUGAUGCUAUUUUUAUUAUUCAUGCACAUAUAAUAUUGUUUUAACUGUUGUCCCUUGUAUUGUAUACUAUGUAUACAUUCAUCUAGCUGAAUACAAUAAAGUAUUGAGAUAUUCAGA